AUGGAGCCCCAAGGAGGAAAACCCUGGGUCCUUGGGGAGUGUGGGGGCUCCAUCCGUCCAUAUCCAGGGGCUGCUUGUCCUGGGCAGGGCAGAGAGCUGGGCUACAGCCUGCUCCUGCCCACGGGAGCUCCAGUGGCCGACAGCCUCACUUGCUGGUUCUUGGGGGUCCUGACUGCCAGGACCCCCACUGCUGGGGACCCUGAGAGGACAGAGCUGCGGGGUGAGAGCGGGAGGCCGCGCGUGCUGGUGUCCCUGGUGGCUUUCACCACUAAUGCCACCACCGGGCUCUUCAUGAUCUGCAGCUACCUGUACACCUGUUUCCACCGAUCUUUGGUGUUUGGCACUGAGUGUGCAGAGGCCCUGGGCAAGGACACGCCCUCUGACGCCCGUCCUCGCGUCCAUGAACGUGGUAUGCUGGCCCUGCCUCCCACAGCUCCCCCCUUGCGCUCCUGGCUGGAGCACUAUGACCAAGAGGACUUUUUGUCCCUAGGGCUGCAGGACGCAGCUUCCGCUGCACCUCCCAUUGGGUCCUCGUGCCUCUUGGCACCAGCACGGGCCGGGGCUAGGGCUGCCCCUUCACAGACAUACACAGAGCAGUUUGUGGAUGAGCAGACAGAUGGGUUCAAGUCCCAGCUCUGUUCUGAACUCGCUGUGGGACCUUGGUCCAUAUUCGUGGCCAGGAGGUCUGACAGUGGGGUGACGGUGGACCCGGCCCCCGUGUCCAGGUUUUCUUCACAAUCUCUGGAGCUUUCUGAAGAGAUCAUGCCUCCCCUGAGACUUGAUGCAGCCCUGCCUGCAGGUAGCCUAAUGAAGGCGGGCGCUGCCUGGUUCCUGCCCAAACUCUUGAUUUCUUGCUCCAAUUGCACCAAGUGGACUCUGGGAAGCCUGGCCACUGCCUCUGAGAAGCCUGCGCAGAUCCACUGGCUGCACCUGUCGGAGCGGGGUCCCCGAAGGCCAAGCCUGGGUGCAGCUGUGCUCGGCCCCCGGUGCAUGGUCCACACACCUUCCAGCUCCUUGGCCUUGCACUGCAAGUGCACUGCACCCGCUUGGCGCCGACACCCCUCCCUCUGCCUGUCUAGAAGCACCAUACACCACGAGUCCACCUGGAGCUUCGUCUUCCUGAAGUUCCUGCGGGCCCGGGGCCUGGCUGGAGGAGUGAAGGAAGGAGCAGUAGCGAGUGGACGAGCGAGCGGCUGUAAGGAGUGUAAUUCCCUGGCGUCUGAGCUGUGUGCGCCGCAGGAGGAGAGCAAGCCGUCUCAUAAACAUUUAAUCGAACUCCGACGGGAAUUUAAGAAAAAUGUACCUGAGGAUAUCAGAGAGAUGGUGGCUCCUGUGUUAAAAAGCUUCCAAGCCGAGGUGGUGGCUCUCAGUAAGAGGAGUCAAGAGGCAGAGGCGGCUUUUCUGAGUGUUUACAAGCAGAUCAUUGAAGCGCCAGACCCCGUGUCCGCGUUUGAGGUGGGGCGCAGCCUGGACGACCGACUGCAGCCCCCCAGCUGGGACCCCAGCAGCCAGCGCCGGCCAGACCCUCACCUCUCGUGGAAGCGGCGCCCUGAACGCCUCGGGCCCACAGAGCAGAGGAACGGGCUGUGUCCCCCAGGACCCACCCUGACCGAGAGCAGCCGUGUGCCCGGAGGCCCCGGGAAAGCCCGCCUGACAGACACCUUGCUGCACCGGAAUGAGGCAGAGAAACAGAAGGGCCUGCAGGAAGUCCAGCUCACCCUGGCAGCCAGACUGGGGGAGGCCGAGGAGAAAAUCAAGGUGUUACAUUCAGCGCUGAAGGCUACACAGACGGAGCUGCUAGAGCUGCGCCGGAAGUACGAUGAGGAGGCGGCCUCCAAGGCAGAUGAAGUGGGCCUGAUUAUGACAAACCUGGAGAAGGCCAACCAGAGAGCUGAGGCUGCCCAGCGGGAGGUAGAGAGUCUCCGGGAACAGCUGGCCUCCGUCAACAGCUCCAUCCGCCUGGCCUGCUGCUCCCCACAGGGGCCCAGUGGGGACAAGGUGAGCUUUGCCCUGUGCUCCGGGCCGCGGCUGGAGGCCGCACUGGCCUCCAAGGACCGGGAGAUCCUGCGGCUGCUGCGGGACGCCCAGCACCUGCGGCACUCCCUGCAGGAGCUGGAGGAGGCCUCCGCCAACCAGAUCGCCGACCUGGAGCGCCAGCUCGCCGCCAAGUCCGAGGCCAUCGAGAAACUGGAGGGGAAGCUCCGCGCCCAGUCUGAUUAUGAAGAGAUUAAAACGGAGCUGAGCAUCCUCAAAGCCAUGAAGCUGGCCUCCAGCUCCUGCAGCCUUCCACAGGGCCUGGCCAAGGCCGAUGAUUCUGUGCUCCUAGCCAGGGAGACCUUCUUCCCCGCACCCAAGUUCCUGCUAGACAAGCCGGCGCUCCUGGCCAGCCCUGAGGAGGACCCCUCAGAAGAGGACUCCAUCAAGUGCUCGCUGGGCACGGAGGCCCCCUACCCGCCACCUCAGGAGCUGCCCCCUCCACCGGGCCCCGAGGACCCGCUCUCGCCCAGCCCAGGGCAGCCCCUGCUGGGCCCCGGCCUGGGGCCCGACGGCGCACGGACGUUCUCGCUGUCCCCCUUCCCCAGCCUGGCGUCGGGGGACACGCUGCUGCCCAGGCACGUCGCGUCCCCAGCUGCCUUCAAGGGGGAGCCCGGCGGCCUGCUGGUGUUCCCCACGGCCUUCUACAGCACCAAGCCCCCCCCAGCCCCCGCCACCCCGGUGCCAGGGCCAGAGCCCCCCGGAGCCUCCGAGCCAGCCGAUGGGGCCAGGCCCGCGGCGGCCGAGGAGGAGCAGCUGGACACGGCCGACAUCGCCUUCCAGGUGAAGGAGCAGCUGCUCAAGCACAACAUCGGGCAGCGCGUGUUCGGCCACUAUGUGCUGGGCCUGUCCCAGGGCUCGGUGAGUGAGAUCCUGGCCAGGCCCAAGCCCUGGCGCAAGCUCACGGUGAAGGGCAAGGAGCCCUUCCUCAAGAUGAAGCACUUCCUGUCCAACGAGCAGAACGUGCUGGCGCUCAGGACCGUGCAGGUGCGGCAGCGAGGUAGCAUCACUCCGAGAAUCCGCACUCCAGAGACAGGCUCUGAUGAUGCCAUCAAGAGCAUUCUGGAGCAGGCCAAGAAGGAGAUAGAGUCUCAGAAGGGGGGCGAGCCCAGCGCGGCCCCGGCGGGCGGCCCGGGCGCGGCGGCGGGCAGCACGUCGGAGGCGGCCAUCCGCGGCAUCCUGGAGCGCGCGCGGCGGGAGAUGCAGGCGCAGCAGCGGGCGCUGCUGGAGCUGGAGGGCGCGCGGCGGCCCGCGGCGUCGCCCCCCGCGCGGGAGCCCGACCCGGAGCCGGAGCCGGGGCCGGGGCCGGGGCCCGAGCCGCCCGCGCCCGCCGCCGCCGUGAAGCUGGAGGACGGCGGCCCCGCGCCGCGGCCCGCGCUCUCGCCCGCCGCCUUCGUGCAGAGCAUCAUCCGCAAGGUCAAGUCCGAGAUCGGCGACGCCGCCUGCUACCUCGACCCGCCCUGGGCGCCGGGCCGCGCGCCCGCCUCGCCCUCGCCCUCCUCGGCCUCCUCCGCCUCGGGGCCGCCCGGGGCCCGCGGCGCCCGCGCCGAGGCCGAGGACGAGGCCGAGGACGAGGCGCGGCCCGAGCUCAAGGCCGAGGGCGCCGAGGCGCCGGGGGGCGCGCGCGCCCCGUUCCCGCCCUUCGCGCCGCGCGCGCUGCGCCCCACAGUGCCGCCGCUGACGCCCGAGCAGUACGAGCUGUACAUGUACCGCGAGGUGGACACGCCCGGCCUCACGCGCAGGGUCAAGGAGAAGCUGGCCAAGAACGGCAUCUGCCAGCGGGUCUUCGGGGAGAAGGUGCUGGGCCUGUCGCAGGGCAGCGUGAGCGACAUGCUAUCUCGGCCAAAGCCCUGGAGCAAGCUGACACAGAAGGGCCGGGAGCCAUUCAUCCGCAUGCAGCUGUGGCUGUCGGACCAGCUGGGCCAGGCGGGGACCCAGCCACCCAGCACCUCUCAGGCCAGUCCCCCGGAGCUGAGGUCCUCACCGUCACCACCCCCAAGCCCCAUGGCACCUGAGAAGAGCUCCCCAGAGCCCCUGAGCCUCUCUCUCGAGAGCAGCAAGGAAAACCAGCAGCCUGAGGCGCGCCCAGGCGCCACACCCACCGGGAAGACCUACUCUGGCCAGGCCGUAGGGGGCAUCCAGGAAAUUGUGGCCAUGUCCCCCGAGCUGGACACGUACUCCAUCACCAAGAGGGUCAAAGAGGUGCUCACGGAUAACAACCUAGGGCAGCGGCUGUUUGGAGAGAGCAUCCUGGGGCUCACUCAGGGCUCUGUGUCCGACCUGCUGUCCCGGCCCAAGCCCUGGCACAAGCUGAGCCUGAAGGGCAGGGAGCCAUUCGUCCGCAUGCAGCUCUGGCUCAGCGACCCCCAUAACGUGGACAAGCUGCGGGACAUGAAGAAGCUGGAGAAGAAAGCCUACCUGAAGCGCCGCUAUGGGCUCAUCAGCCCUGGCUCGGACAGCGAGUCCCCGGCCACACGCUCCGAGUGCCCCAGCCCGUGCCCACAGCCCCUGGAGCUGAGCCUGCUGCAGGUGAAGAAGCCUCGGGUGGUGCUGGCCCCUGAGGAGAAGGAGGCGCUGCGCAGGGCCUACCAGCUGGAGCCCUACCCCUCACAGCAGACCAUCGAACUACUGUCCUUCCAGCUCAACCUCAAGACCAACACCGUCAUCAACUGGUUCCACAACUACAGGUCCAGAAUGCGCCGGGAGACACUGGUGGAGGGAGCCCAGGAUGAGCAGGAGCUGGACCCCAGUGGGGGCUCCGGCCACUGUCCCCCGGACCCCGCCCCGAAGAGCCCCACCUCGGAGACUGAGGAGCAAAAGCCGGCGCUGAAGGAGCUGGAGCUGCCGGCCUGCGGGGCCGGGGCCGUGCCCCUCUCUGCCCCGGAUGGGGCCCACGUAAGGGUCAAGCAGGAGCGGACCGAGGAGGGGGGCUGUGAACCCCAGGACUUGGGGGAGCCAGACCCAGGCUGUGGCUCCCCCAAGGAGGAGCACGUAGACCCUCCAGGCACCGAGGAGAUCCCUGAAGUGGCCCUGGGGCCCCUCCUCCCAGAGGGGCUCUCCCCAGACUGCCCUUGGCGACACCCCUCCCAGGAGAGCGAGGCAGGGGUGCAGCUGCGCCCCCACCCCGGCCCGCCAGGCUUCCUGCCCGCCUCAGAGUCGCCCCACCGCAGCCUGGAGGAGCCUCUGACCUCGCCCUCCGCGGCCUCCUCGCCGGACCUGGCUGCAUCCUCCGUGUCCCCCGUCCCCUCCUCCGCGGGCCCCCUCUCCCCCUCCCCGCCCAGCGCCCCACCCGCCAGCAUGCCCAGUGCCAGCCCCACGGCUGACACCACCGGGGCCUUGCACCCCAGUGCCAAGGGGAACCCCAACUUGCAGCGGCGGCAUGAGAAGAUGGCCAACUUGAACAGCAUCAUCUACCGGCUGGAGAAGGCGGCCAACCGCGAGGAGGCCCUGGAAUGGGAGUUCUGAGCUGGGCCGGGCUGGGCCACCUGCCCGCCGCCCUCCAGGCAACUGUGCCCGCCAUGGCCUCUGUGGCAAUCCUCCUUGGAUGACCUGAGCGAUCACGGGGUGGGGGGAGAGAUGGGGGGGCACAGCGAACCCCAUCCCCGUUCCUACCCUGACCCCUGUGCAGGAGGCAGGACCAACCACCACGUUUUCACCGGAGAACUCCAAACUCUUUUAGAAAAACAAAUAUUUAUAGACCUCUUUUAGAUAUUUUAAUAAAGGAUCCUUUUGGGUUUUAUUCCCAGCCAAUGCUGUUUUGAUAUCACAGAGAAUUAUGAAAUCAGGACGGUGUCACAACAGUGAGAAAAGCGUACACUGAAGUUGUGUCUUUUUGGUGUUUUUUUUUUUUUUUUGCCACUAGAUGAGAUUAAGAAAAGACAACUGUUCAAAGCCAUCACAAAACAAAACAUAAGACUGACCAAAUUUCGAUAAUCUUUGAAUCAUGGCUUCCACUGCGACUGCGCCCAGCGUGUCUGUGAGACGCCAGAAGGCCGUGCUGAGAAGAG